AUGAAUACAUUCGUUGGCGGUGGCGCGACGGAUGGGGAGGCUGGCGGCGGAAGCGUCGUCGCCACACCUAGUAGGGUGGCCCAUCUGUCGUCGCAUAUACCAUCGUCUAUAGUAUCGAGAUACAAACGAAAUCAGACGCCGCUCGAUACGACCGUGGCCGACGUCUCAGCCAUUGUCGCACCGGUCAUCGUCAUUAAACUGUACAGCCUCUUGAACAGUGGCGAGUCAACACACCGUGGCCAUCACUCGAGUUACCUGGCCAUCAUCGAGCUGGUGUUCCAGAUCAUCCUGGAGGAGGGCGGUGACAUCCUGCAGGUGUUGAAUGGCGAGGAGAUCAUUGCCGUGUGGCACGAGACCACGAGCGAGGAGAUGUCCACACUGGUGCGACGUGCGGCCAAGUGUGCGCAGAAGCUGCGCGCCCACUUACUGCGGCGCAUCUCAAGUCUGCGCGGCGAGGAGCACGGUGGUCCCACGACGCCCAAAACCCCGGGCAUUCCCAUCCCCAACAGCAGUAGCAGCAGCAGCAGUAGUGGCAACAGUAACAACAGCAGUAUAUUAAGUAAUGGUCAUCAUGGUCACCAUCAUCAUCACAGCAGCAAUAACAACAACAACAACAACAAUAGUAAUAUAAACAGUAUCAACUAUGGCAUUGCCACAGGAACACAAUCGUCAUCAACUUCUCAAGUCAACUCUGGAAGUAUCAACACGUCGGCUCAUCACACGUGGUCCAGCAACAUGGGCACGUCAUCCAACAGCUUCAACUACAACUACAACUCGUCCAACUUUAAGAACCACUCACUCUCAUCGAACGCAACGACAGUGGGCGGCGGCAACCACAACAGCAGCGUGGUCAGCAGUGUGGGCUCGUCGCUCGCGCAUCACCAUCAUCAGCAGCAGCAGCAUAAUAACCACAGCCAACAUCAUCAGCAGCAUCCACACUCGACCGACCUUUUGCUGAGUAUACCAACCAACCAUGCAUCGCCGUCCCUGACGCCAACGACAGCUUCAGCCUACCACAAUGUAUUUAGUGGCGGCGGCAACAUGGCGGGCGGCGGCUCCUCCAGUAACACGCUCAAUGUACCAUCGUCACAUCAUCAUCAUAGUCAUUAUAAUCAACCUCACAGUGGCGGUGGACAUCAUGGACACACCGGGGCGUUCAGCCCCUCUGGUCAUCAUCAUUUAUCAAGUAGUCCCUCAUUCAAUUCGCAACAACAUCAGCAGUCCAAUGGAUCGAAUGCUGCUGGCUCACAACCAUCCAACCAAAGCAUCCAAACGGCCAACACAGAGCACCUCUUCAACAUAUUCAUUGGAUGUGGCGAGGUGUUCCUCGGAUCAAUUGGCGGUGAGACCAACAGUUGGCUAUUCUUUCAAGGUGGAGAAGGAGUAUGCUCUAUCUACAGCAUCAUCAGUGCGUAUGACGAACUGUUUAAUAUCCAGUCGUUCCCUGUAAGGCUGUCUUUAAGUAGACAGCAACAGGAGCAGCAGCAGCAGUCGCGAAUGAAGUCAUUUUAUACAUUCCCAUCGGCGACGACGGGCACAGCAGGCUUCCACUCGACGUCGGUCUGCUACCCAAAUCGAGUGUUUGGUCAGAUCGUCAUCACGGCUGCCACCUGGCAGAUGAUCCGAAUGUAUUCGCAGUGCGAGCCGCUGACCUCAGAGAUCGACCCUGCGGCGCCGCCCAUGUACUUGCUCAAGCAGAUGCAGGAGAUGUCCAACCCAGUCGGUAUCUCGGUGGAGAAGACCCUGCAGGACAUGCAGCCAGAGCAGCUGAUCACCAUGCAUCGUCUGCUAUGGUGCCAUCUCCCGAUGCAUCUCAAGGUACUGGCGUCGUCUUCCAUGCCCAACAGCUCGUCUCAGCCCGCCACCGAGCAAUUCCGUCUGACGCAGGACUGGAGUCUCGAGUCACGUAUCGUCACAGUCUUUAUCUUGCACUUCUUCGAUCUAACCUACAACUGGGAGACGAUCAAUUUCUUUCAUCCAGUAGUGGCAAAGUUGCAAGAGAUAUUGAGAAAGAAUGACGGAUCAGUUACAAAGCUGUUACAACGCGAGAGUGGAGUGUUUGUAGUGUGUGUCAUGGGCCUGCCACCAUUCUCCAAUGAUAGUCAUGCAGUUGCAGCUAUCAAGAUGGUGAUGGACAUUGUAAAGAUGUUGCAAUCACAUAACAAACACUAUAUACGCGAUGUCAAUGCCAUGGUGGUCAGCGAGAAGAUGGUCUGUGGUCUAGUUGGCGUCAAGUCGCGAUCAGAGUACGUGGUCAUCGGAGAGAAGGCACACUACAUGAUCAAGUGGCUGUCAACUGUGCGCACUCAAACAACCUUCCACAUCGACAACAACAACAACAACAACAACAGUAACAACAGUAACAACAAUGGCAAUGUUGGUAACCUGCCACAGGACACAACAGAGGGAGGAUGGAUACUUUGUGAUGAGGCAACCAGGAAGGCUUGUGACAAGGCCAUCAAGUUUGAUGCAAUCACCUAUGACAUCCAAUUCCCUUUGACAGUGACAAAGACCAACACAAUGCAUCCAUCGGGAAUAGGCCUCAAGCGAUCAGCUGAUGCCAGCGCCCCAACGACACCUACACCCAUGGAUAACAACGCUGGCGACGCCGACGACGAGUCGCUCAGCGUCACCUUCUCGCUAAAGAGCUCGUUCAACUCGGAUCAGGGCGGUGAGAACACCCCGCGCAACCCAAUCUACAUCGACAGUGCCAACAAGGGACGCGAGUUCAGUGUGCAGUGGCGCCACUACGUCGCCACGAUGGUCACGUACCGACCGAUUGCCAUUGCGCACAUCCCCACCACGAUGGACAACCAGGUGAUGGUGGACGACCCCAACAACAUUGGCGGACACAGCAUCAUUGGUAGGAAGAAGGAGAUCACCACGCUGAUGCAUCGAUACAAUCUUCUGUCGGAGCGUCUGGUCUCAUCGUUCACGCUGAUCGAGGCCGACAUUGGCAUUGGCAAGAGCUCGCUCGUCACAGAGAUCUACAAGCAGUGUGCCAGGUGUAACGCGCAGGUGCUUUGCGGCUCGGCCAGUCUUCUGGAGAAGACACGCGCCUACAACGUCUUCACGGGCGUCUUCUCCGAUCUGUUCUUCUCCGAGUUCUCCCUGGGCGAGACGCGUUUCGCAGGCGACAAGCACGCCUAUCGCACUUUAUCAUGGACGCGCUACAGACACGUGCAGUCGAUGCCGCCUGAGCAAAUCCGACAGUACAUCUUCCAAAAGUUCACAGACUGCCGUCCUGAGCUGCUGCCCCUGCUCUCCCUGCUGAAUCCCGUGCUGCGCAUUGACUUCCCGCCCAACGAGGUGACGGCAAUGUACAUGGGCUCGUCGGCCAUGCUGCUCGAGAAAACCUUUGAGCUGCUGUCCUACUUUUUGCGCGCCAGUGCCUCGCGUCGCCGUCUGGUAAUCAUCCUCGAGGACAUCCACCACAUGGACUCAGUGUCAUGGUCGCUCCUGAUGCACAUAUCCUUCACCAUUCGUCCCAUCAUGAUCAUCGCGACGACGCGCAGUCAACACGAGAAGACGAAGGAGUUGAAUCGCAUCAAGAAGGCCUUCAGUCCAACGACGACCAAGGCGCAGUCCCCAGACUCGGACACCUUUGUCGCUUCCACCACCACCACUGCCCCAAUGGUGCCUGAGCAGGCACCGCAGCAAGUCCGCGAGGAUGCUGGCGGUGAUGAUGUGGGAGACAAUGACAGCAGCGAUAACGAUAACUACAACGACCACGACAAUGACCAAGACAACCAUACUGUAGAUACAAAUGUACAUAACACAACAAGCCGAACGACACAGGGUACACAACAACAGCAACAGCAACAGCAACAACAACAACACUCAAAUCUGACCACACCAUUAUCAUUCGAGUACCAUGAGAUGAAGCUGGGGCCUCUCUCGCCCACCGCCAUUCACGAGAUCAUCAAGCAGCAGCUCAACGUCAAGGUGAUAUCCAACUACAUCUAUCAGCUCAUCCAGCUCAAGUCGGAGGGCAACCCGUACGUGUGUCUCGAACUGGCCAAGAGCUACCUGGAGCGCAACUUCCUCAUCAUCGACAACAAGCACUGCAUUGUCCAGCCGGCCUAUUUCACACGCGGGUUCCCCUCGAUGCCCGAGAUCCUGGAGCGCUUCUUCCUGAGCAAGGUGAACCAUCUCAACGACUUCUAUCUCAUCAUCCUCAAGGUGGCCAGCGUCAUGGGCCUGUUCAUGUUCCCCUAUCCCCUGAUCCAUCUUCUGUACCCCAUUGGCUCGAAGCGACCCUUCCUUCGUGACAUCCUCCAGCGCCUCGUGGACGCUGGCUUCCUCGUCAACUUGAAGCGCAGCGAACUGAACAAGGAUCACUUCUACUUCCCUCCACCCUCGACCAAGCAUCGAAUGAGUUUCAUGAACACGCUGCAGGAUCAGAGCAGCUCGAUUUCACUGCCAUCGGCGUGGUUCAUCCCCACCAAGGACAGGAAGGGCUCAAAGUCGAGGACAAUGUCGCCCACCAGUAGCAUGACCAACAUGCCCAUCCACACACCCACCAGUGGACACUCACCCGGCAGCCAUCUCCACUACAGUGCCAGCAGCAGUGACGACGACAACCUAUCGGCCUCAUCCUCUCCUACGGGCCUGUUCAAAAUGGUCCGUGGCCAUACUUGCGACUCGCGUCCCAAGAGCAUCUUUGCCGACGCUCAGGCGCCCUCCAGCCAAACGCCGCCCACUGCUCCUACGACCGAUCGCUUCCUGGUCGAGGAGGAUUGGAACCAGUACUACGGUUUCAAGAGUCCGUUGCUGCAGGAGGCCAUGUACAACUCGCUGUUAGUGAUUCAGCGCCACUCUCUGCACCAGAAGAUCGCGGACUGGAUCGAGGAGACAUACAACUCCACCGAGAUUGCCUGCUACAACGAGCUGCUGGCCGACCACUGGUCCAAGACGGACCUAUCCAUCAACGAGAACCUGGCCAAGGCGUUGCACUACAACUUUGCCGCAGGUGAGGAUGCCCACCGUCGCUGCAUCUACUUUGACAUGAUCAAGUAUCACAACGAGUACAUUGCGCUGUUCAAGAGCUUCAAGAAUGGCAUCAUCACAAAGGACCCGCAGUUUGAGCGAUCCAUCUUUGACUCCUUCGACGACCCCAUCACAUUCGCCAUGAGCACCGAGGAGCGUAUCCGGUUCGCCAUCUCCACCCGUCGCAUCGCCGAAGCCUACGCCAACCUUGGCUACUUCAAGCUGUCCGAGAAGUACUUCUUGUGGGCGCUCACGGGCGUUCUGAAGGAGCCCACGCCCAAGGCCUCGAGCACACUGGCAGUCUCAGUCGUCACAAUGGUCACCAAGCAGAACCUGCUCAAGCUGGCUUCAAAGAACAAGAAGUACCAGGCCUACCAAGAGUCCGACAGCUACAUGGCGCCAUCUGCCGCGCUCGCCUUUGAGACGGCAUGCAUCUACUCCUCGAUGUCCGAGUUCUUUUACAAGAGCCAGCGACUUCCCCUCGCAGUCUACUGCGCUAUGCAUGGCGUUCAAGGACUAGAGAUGAGCCAGGGUGCAUCUGUGUGGAUGGCCCUUCCCGAGCUGGCUUUAGCGUGCUCGCGUCUCUCCAUCAUGUCGGCACUCUUCCCCUUCUGUGGCACUGUGUCCACAUCACUGGCCAAGCAGGCCAACAAGAUAGUUGAGGACCUCAUGGACGACUAUCUGGAGCUGGGCAACAUUGAAGCAACCAACAACCUCAUGUUGACGCUGGCUGUUCUUGGUCUGCGCGACAUCUUCUUUGGACAGUGGAAGAAGGUGGAGAAGUUGUACCAAAAGUUCAGCUACAUCUUCCACAACUACCCCAACGCGCUCAAGAAGGACAAAGAGCUACUGCUGUUUGUCUUUGUCGUGUAUCGCUUUGUCAAGGGCGAGCUCAACACUGUGCACACAAUCGUCGAGGAAUGUUUGGAGAACAACAUCCUGUCAAUGUCCUGGAUGACCACGCUCACCUUCUUCCAUUUCCGCGCGAUGACCUUCACCUUCCAGGCCAAGUACCAGGAGGCUCAGAAGAUCAUCAUCGAUGCCGAGCUGCUCCGACCCAAGAUCGAUGGCAUUGAGUACGUGCUGCACCAAGCCGUCAAGUCCACCAUCGCCCUGUCCAAUGACCAGAUCACCAACUCUAUGGACUUGAUCUCCACUGUGCUGCCAAUGGUUGGCGGGGGAUGUGGUAUCCGUGUCGUCCUCUCACUCGUGCUCAUCUCGAGAGUGCUAUUGUCCAUCGUCGAGAGGGACAAGCUCAGGAGGAAUAAGUUGGCACAGGCUACUGUGCAUCCUGCCACCUCGUCUUCGUCAUCAUCGUCAAACAGGUCGUCAGUGUCACUCAGCAAUAGAUCAUCUGCUGUUACACAGACCAGCGAGUCAGUGCCCAUCCCUGCUGCACAGGUUCAUCUACAGCAACAACAGACUCCAAUAUCAUCUUCGCCAUCUCAGGCACAGUAUCCAAAACUGUAUAUCGUUCAUCCACAGAGGGCACAGCAGCAACAUCAGUCGACUGUGGAGCUCAACAAGGCAACAACAGUGGCUCAAGAGACGGCUUCAGCCGCAACAGACGUCAACGGCAUCAAUCCACCCAAUGAUGGUGCCGUUGGAGACAGCACUAUACCGCCAUCUCUGCACACCAUCAAUGGAGUGCAGAUCUUUGUCGAUGACAACUACAAUGGAGGCAGACACAGUGUUGCGCUGGGCAGUGGCGGUGCCAACAACGUGUUUGAGCUCGACACUCAGGAGAUUGAGAUGUGGAUCAAGAAGAUUCUGACCGAGAUCAAGUCGAUGGAGAACACGUCGCCCUUCUCAGUGACGAGCUACACGCGACUCAAUGGCUUGUUCAUGAUCAUCUUCCAGUUGGGCCGUGAUGCUCGCGAGCGUGGAUUGGCAUCGCUGUACAAGAGCGCCAAAGAGGCCAAGCUCAGUGAGCUGCCAAUGGAAGAGGCAUUCGCCUGGCAUGAGAUAUCAAGAUACGAAGAGGCAGCAUCGCUCAAGCAACAGUUGGCAUGGCGCAAUGCCACCGAGAUCUCACAGAAGCUUGGCAUUGAUCCAAGUUCAUUGAUUGUGUAA